GCUGACGAUGACACCUAUGUAGUCGUCGAACAUCUGAGGGAAUAUCUAUCCCACCUCGAUCCGAACAAACCAUAUUAUCUCGGCUACAAAUUAAGACCCUAUUUGGAAAACGGCUACAACGCUGGUGGAGCCGGUUAUGUCUUAUCGAGGGCAGCCGUGAAGAUAUUCAACGAAAUGCUCUAUUCCAACGAAACAUUGUGCCCAGACGACAUCUAUGAGGACGUUGGUAUUGGAAGAUGUUUGGCAAGUGUGGGAAUUUUUCCUCAUGACACUCGAAAUAGUCAGGGACAGAAAUCGCUUCAACAUGCACACGCCUAG